UAUUUUCAUCCAAACUUGAAUCGUUUUGAAGGAAGAAUUAGUGUGCGCACGUAAAUGACAUUUCUUAAAAUGAAACUACGUGAAACAAAGUCGCAAGAAUGGAAAUAAUAUUGCAGAAGAGUUGAACACAUGUUUUUAGGAUCCUGCUCUACUUAAGACUAGUUGAAGCCGGAAAUAUUCUUCAACUUAUUGGUUUGAUGGAUAAUUCGCCGACAGAAUAGUGGGACGGCGGUAACUUGGUCGUAAAAGUAACAUUGUACAUAUCUACGAUCUUAACAUUCUCAUUACGUGGCACGAAACCUAUGUCCCUAUUGUACAUUUUGGUGGAAGAACUUCUGAUCAGAUAUGAUACAGUGGCUCUGUGGUUGGACUCAUUCUCUGCUCCUUGUCUGGCUUGGCUUGAUUGCUGAUAUAGGGUCUCAAAGACACGGGACAGUUAAAUGUCCAAAUGAUGGAAACCUCACGACAUACAAAGGAAUAUUGACGAGUCCAGGAUUUCCACAAUCUCCGUAUGAACCGAGAACAGUUUGCACUUGGAUGAUAACUGCGCCAAGAGGCGGCCACGUAAAACUUGCAAUAACAUCAAUGGAGUUGGAGUAUUGUUCCUUUUGCCGUUGUGAUUACGUUGAAGUCAGGGACGGCCCAACGGCUAACAGUCAACUUAUUGGCAGAUUUUGUGACACAGAGAGAGCAAAUCUUUACUCAGAAGGAAGACACAUGUGGGUGAAAUUUAGAUCGGAUGUGAUACUUGAAUAUAAAGGAUUCUCUGCCAGCUUUUCUUACGUGAAACUACAAAAAAAUCAUUGGAAAAGUAUGGCUGUUGGAAUCGGCUGCACAAGUUUAUUUCUUUUUGUUGUGCUGGUGUGGUGCUUUCUGAAGAUAGCAAGCAAUGCCGGUCGCUUUGUGGAAUUCGAGCGAACAACGUCUCUGAUUGAGCAGAAUCCAACAGAAUCUUCCAUCGCGGAAACAUGUCUUACUAACGACAGAGAUACAUGA